CAGUGCCCACAGUUUCACGCGCACAGGCAUUCUUUCACAGACGCGCGCGCAGAUGCGGGCAAUGGGUGCGCAGAAUAUUUUAGCGCGUAUUAAUAUAUAACCUUUAAAUGCGUAUAAGCCUUUCUUAAAAUAUACUCUAAGUGCAAUAUCGUGAAUAAAUAGUUUUAAAUUGGGUUAGAAACCUAUAUUCAUACCAAUUCUCGCGGGGCAAUGGAUUUAUAGAAAAUGAAUGAAACGCAGAUCCCGUUUUGGGAAUGUUCAAGAACUCCAGACAAUUCCAGCGUGAACAGCUCAGCGUUGGAAGUUAACGCCACCUGUAGCAAUGCGUCAAUAAUUCAGAAAUUCAAACCUACGCGACCAAAAGAAAUGGACUCAGUGAGGAUUAUUCUUUACUCACUUGUCUUUCUCCUGAGUGUUUUUGGGAACCUGCUGAUCAUUGUGGUCCUAAUAGCAAACAAGAGAAUGCGGACUGUCACCAACUCCUUCCUUCUCUCGCUGGCUGUUAGUGAUCUCAUGAUGGCCAUCUUCUGCAUGCCCUUUAAUCUCAUCCCCAGCCUGCUGGAGGACUUCAUCUUUGGAGCAGCGAUGUGCAAGACAGUCGCCUAUUUCAUGGGUAUAUCUGUCAGCAUCUCCACCUUCAGUCUGGUGGCCAUUGCCAUUGAAAGAUACAGUGCCAUUUGCAACCCGCUGAAGUCCAGGGCAUGGCAGACCCGUUCUCAUGCCUACAAGGUCAUUGCUGCCACAUGGGUACUAUCUGUGGGUAUCAUGGUGCCCUAUCCUGUGUUUAGUAUACUGGUGCCAUUCAACAAACCAAACAACAUCAUGGCUCACAUGUGCAGGCUUGACUGGCCCAUCAGCCAGGUGGAACAGACUUGGUAUGUCUUGUUGCUCUUCAUUCUGUUCUUCGUCCCAGGUGUGGUGAUGAUAAUUGCCUACGGUCUCAUAUCCAGAGAACUUUACAGAGGGAUUCAGUUUGAACUGGAGCAGAAGAAAGACUCUAGGGGUGUAAAGAAUGGGUUGAAUGGUGCACUGUCUUCUGGCCAUGAUGAGAGCGAUGGAUGUUAUAUCCAAGUCCCAAAGAAGUCCCCUGCUAUGGAACUUUCUGCUCUAACCACCUCCGGCACCGUCAAGGCAGACCGUCCACGGAGCAACACCUCAGAGGCAAAGCUCAUUGCCAAAAAACGAGUGAUCCGAAUGCUGAUCAUUAUAGUAGCCAUGUUCUUCAUAUGCUGGAUGCCUCUAUACUCUGCCAACACCUGGAAGGCUUUCGACCAAAAGUCUGCCCAGCGCGCACUUUCUGGAGCUCCCAUCUCCUUCAUUCAGCUUCUGUCCUAUACCUCAGCCUGCGUCAACCCCAUCAUCUACUGCUUCAUGAACACCCGCUUCCGGAAGGCUCUCUUGGUCACAUUUGGGUGUUGCAGGAGCCCAUGCCACAACCAGAGGAAGAGGAGGGAAGGUGAUGAUGAGAUCACUGGAGUCACAGGGACGUCCAUAACAAAGUUCAGUUAUACCACCGUUAGCACGGUAGGACCGUGUUAGCAUUAGCAUUGCAGGCGUCUCCAGUUUGAUCCUUUGUGCUUGUGACAUGUACUGAGUUCAGAUCACCAGAUGUGUUCUUCUUUUUCAUGGUGUCAACAUGCUUUGUUCAAUGUGCCAGUGUUCAUUUUUAUUUGGAAAAGAAUACCUCAUUUGUCUGGUCUUUCUGCCCAAAGUUGGUGUGUCAGUGGUAAACUGUCUUUCUGUAGUUGUGUCUUCAAUUUAUAGCAUUAUUGUGAUACAAUCAAAAGGUGUGGUGCACGGGAUGUGCAAAGAUGUAGCUAUAUUUUUAUUGUGUAAGACUUGUAUCUUUGAUGUUAUAGAACCAAAUAUUGCAUGUUGCAUGUUGCAUGAUCAAACACAAGACUACUCUUGUAGAUAGCAGCUUUCCGGCUACAAAAUGGUACAUUUUCUUGUCUAUUUUGAGUGUUGUGGUGUAUCAUCUGUUUUUUUGUUCUCUGUUUUGUUCUAUGAUGGUAUCUUUGUCUUAAUGAGCUUUGCUUAAAUGGCACAACUGAGAGUCCUUCUUUUGUGUAUUCUGAUAAUAACAACAUCAGAUGGUUUUGUAGGAGACAAUGUUUAAUUUGAUCUCCUUCUUUUCUGAUGCACAUCUACUACAAGUUAUCCUGCAUGAAGAUGUAUCAGGUGGGCAAGGCAAUUCAGUCGUCAACAGAAUCAACGGUCUCUUGGAAAUCUUCACCCCAGUUGAAGUGAUGCCACGGUCAAAACUGCCAAGCUGCAUGACAGGUUGGAAUUUUAAUGCUCUGGCACUGGAGAUAGUGAUUUAAAAGAAAAGUAAUAAACCGUAGAGGGAAGUUUGAUGUGAUUGCCUUGGAGGCACUAAUGUUCUAAUACACAUUCUCACUAAAACACUG